GUUUAAUCAGUCUAAAACAAGAGCUAAAUUUGCCCAUUACUCUCUGUUUGUGACGUGUCUACCAAAAUUGUAAACAGGUAGCAAACGGUAGUCGAAUUGGCCCAAAACUCCUCAUUUACCGACUAAAAUACAAGCGCUUUCCCUGGAGUGUUACUGGCAGUCCAUCCUAGCUACUGCGGCAAACAGCGGUCACGACAUGCCGUCCCAGUUCAUCUACCACGACCCACCCAUUGCCUCGCUCUUGAUCCUCUCCAACUAUUUCUACUUUCUCAACCUCUUCGGAUGGGCAUUUGAAUGGCUCCUCUCGGCUGGAUUGUUGGGUCAGAUCUUGAUCGGGAUCGUCUGGGGUAGUCCGUUGGCAGAAUGGUUGCAUGUCGAAUGGCAGGAGACGUUUGUCGUCGUGGGGUAUAUCGGGCUAUUGCUUGUCGUCUUUGAAGGCGGAGCAUCGACCUCGUUAUCAACCCUGACCGGUCUCCUCCCCCUCUCAACAUGUAUCGCUCUCAGCGGUCUCCUGGUCCCCAUCGCCCUCUCCUUCCUCCUCACGCCGAUGUUCAACUUCCCUCUACUUCACUCUUUCGCAGCCGGAGCAGCCCUCUCCUCAACUUCCUUGGGAACCGUCCUCACGCUCCUCUCAGGUCCUUCUCUUGGGUUCGACAUUAAGCGUAGCAAGUUAGGAACGGCUUUACUAGGAGCUGCUGUGAUGGACGAUGUCGUCGCUUUCAUCCUCUCCGAGAUCCUCUCGCUCGUCGGGGAGAACACCGAAUCAGGGGCCAUGGCACUCGGGGGACAUAUCGGACGAGCCAUCGGGGUGACCUUUGGGUUCGGCUUCGUCCUCAUCCCCCUGACCCGCUGGAUCAUCGGACCGGGGUUCUUAUGGUUCAAGCAGACAAGAUCGGGAAAAUGGAGAACCAAAGCGGGCAAGAAAGGGUUACUGUUCUUCAUGGUCUGCCUGUUUAUGGGGAUGAUCGCUGGGACGAGGUAUGCGGGGACUUCGCCUUUAUACGGAGCGUACAUCGCUGGACUGGUCGUCUCCUACCUGAACGAUCUGGAUACUAUGACGGAUCACCAAGCGGGCCGUCUUUCACAGGAGGCGGAGAUGACGACGAUGAGGGGAACAGGGUCCGACUCGUUGCACAUGGACCAGGCCGAACCCAACCUCUCCAUCCGAGCAUCUAGGACCGCCUCCUCAAACCACUCGGACCAACCACACCCAACCCUGAUCGGGACUUUCGAACACUACAUAACCCCGCUUCUCAUCUACUUCCUUCUCCCCAUCUUCUUCGGCUCUAUCGGAUACUCUAUCCCCUUCAUCCCGCUCUGGCGUGGAAAGAACAUAUGGAGAGGACUCAUCUACGCCAUCCUGAUGACCUUCGCUAAAGCCUUUUGCGGGGUCUGGUUGCUCGUCUGGAAGGUCCCCGGAUCAGGAUCGGCCGGGGGGACGUUUGUGGGCGGAUUGAAGGGGAGGGCGAGGGAGAGUUGGAGAGGAGCGGUCUUGCUUGGAUUCGCUAUGAUCGCUCGAGGAGAGAUUGGGCUAUUGAUCUCGCAAAUCGCUUAUUCCACACCGGAACCUCUGCUCGAUGAGGACGAGUUCUUGAUAACGAUCUGGGCGAUUGUGUUGUGCACUAUUAUCGGACCUGCGGGUGUUGGGUACUUUGUCAAGAGAUGGGGGAAGAGCGUUGUCGAUGGCGGUUGGGAUUAGGUAAAAGGAAAAAUCUCAAGGUGUGUAUAAUAGCACUGUAUCAUUAUAAUGCCAUACGGGAGUUGGGUACGGUUCUUCAAUCUAUACGACUACAAGAGUU